AUAGAAGUUUGAAAAGCUCUCCGGAACUGCAACCGCCUGUGAAAGUCAGCUGACACCAUCAAAGGCUGGUAAAACUCCUCAUUGAAUCAGUUACUUACUUACUUACUUACUACGAGAAAGAAUACAAAAUCAAAAGGAAGACCAGAGGUGCAUGACACGAUGUUGCUUGUUUAUGGCAUUGCAUCACAGUGAGGAUCUGUGUGAAAGCAUAGGACCAACCCAGAGAGGGCUGGUCCCUUCAAUAACUUCUCUCCAGGCAUGUUUGAGCUGAGGCCCUUAUUAGCUUCUUCAAGCCUCAGAGGCAUCCUCUGACAACUGCACAUAUGGAAUGAACUGAGAAAACCCAGAGAUAAUAUCGACAAGCAGGUGAAGGAACAGCGGCUCACUAUGGAGCCAAAAGAGGGGCCGAUGCCUCAAAGGAGUCUGGGGUCCGGCUCCGGUCUACCGUACAACUCUUUCGUGGACAGCGUUUCAUCACUCACGCCAACGGCAGAGGACAAGGAGAAACCGGCCAUAUCACCCAGACGCUCCUACGUAGCCGUGGCCGUGCUUUGCUACGUCAACCUGCUCAACUACUCAGAACGGUACACAAUAGCAGGUGUCCUUCCCGACAUUCAGACAUUCUUUGACAUAAGUGACAGUAUGGCCGCACUUAUACAAACAGUUUUCAUCAGCAGCUUCCUGCUUUUGGCCCCUGUCUUUGGUUACCUUGGGGACCGUUACAACCGUAAAUACAUCAUGAUUGGUGGUUUGAGUGUGUGGCUUGUGACUGCAGCCGGCAGCUCUUUGGUCACAAAGUCGUACUUCUGGCUUCUGAUGCUGCUGCGGGCCAUGGUCGGGAUAGGAGAGGCCAGCUACUCCACCAUUGCUCCCACCAUCAUUGGCGACCUCUUUGUUGGGACUCGACGGAGCGCCAUGAUCUGUCUCUUCUACAUCUGUAUCCCUGUCGGAAGUGGUCUUGGAUACAUAACCGGGGCCGGGGUUGCUCAUCUAACAGGAGACUGGCGCUGGGCUCUCAGGGUCACUCCCAUCUUGGGUCUAGUGGGACUUGUCCUGCUGGUCCUCUUAUGCCCUAACCCAACCAGAGGUGCUGCAGAAACCCCCAGAGAGGAAGUCACAGGGGAGAGCUCAUACCCGGAGGACGUCAAGUAUCUUCUGAAAAAUAAAAGUUAUGUGUGGUCAUCGUUGGGAGUGACAGCUACAUCCUUCCUCACUGGAGCCCUGGCUUUCUGGGCGCCUACUUUUCUGUCCAGAGCUCAGGUCAGUCAAGGACUCCAACUGCCAUGCGUCAAAGAGCCCUGCAACCCCACAGACAGUUACAUCUUUGGUGCUGUGACGGUGGUGACGGGCGUUCUGGGAGCGUUUCUCGGCAGUUGUUUAUCUAGAUGGUUUGGGAAAAGGAUCCCAAAUGUGGACCCACUCAUCUGCGCAAUAGGCCUGGUGGGAUCGGCUCCCUGCCUCUUUUUCACCAUCUUUGCCGCAUCAAAAAGCAUUACCGCAACUUAUGUAUUCAUUUUCUUUGCUGAAAUGUUGAUAUCACUGAACUGGGCUGUCAUGGCUGACAUACUGCUGUCCAUUGUCAUACCAACCAGAAGGUCCACAGCUGAGGCUCUCCAGAUUUCCGUCUGUCAUCUCCUGGGGGAUGCUGGGAGUCCUUACUUUGUAGGAUUGAUCUCUGAUGCUAUACGCAAAUCUGAACCUGCGACUCAUGAUUGGAGCUUCCGGAGUCUGCAGUACAGCCUCGUGGUCUGCCCAUUUGUUGCUAUCGUGGGCGGACUGUUUUUCUUCGUGACUUCACUCUACAUUACCGAAGACAGGAAGGCAUUGGCAAAAUUGGUUGAAGGAGCUCCCCAACCACAGCAGGGUGCUAAUUCUGAGCCCCCAAUAGAACUGAGCAACAAGGACAAAAGAAACCCUAAAAAUAAUGUAUCCGUAAAUAUUUAAAAAGUUCAAAACUACUUUUGACAACAGGAUGUUGAAGUGGACUUGAAAGGAUCCUUUUUAUCACGAUACAACCACAAACUGAUGACAGAAGCAAAGACGUGUUAAUUGUAAGACCAUCAUAGGCUUGUUUGUUUACCCAGGCAAGUCAAGGUUUUAUGAAAAAUUACCUCCAAUUCAGGGCCCUGUGCUGUUGUAUUUUUACUUUAAAAAGUACAUGCUUAUGAUUUCUUAAUGGAAAUGUUGUUUUUUAAUAAAUUUAAAAGUUAAACUGUUA